AUGCCGGGGCUGGGACGACAUUUUUCCCUCCCCGAAGACGCAGAGUAUGUCAUGAAGUCUGACUGCCAGUGGAAAAAAACCAAACACCGAGGAGUGGGAGGAGGAGAAGUGACACCCCCGCGAGGUGACUCCGCUCCACGCGGCGGCUGGCGCGGGGGCGCGAGGCGGUCGCGAUCCGGUCCGGGUGUUCCGGCAGCCCGGUCCUCUCCACUGAACUCCAACCCCCGCGCUCUCUAUCAGCAUCUCAUUCCUGUCUCAAUAUGUCUCAAGAUGGCGGCCAAUGCAGGAUCGAUGUUUCAAUAUUGGAAGCGCUUUGACUUACAACAGCUCCAGAAAGAACUGGACGCCACCGCCACACAGCUUGCCAACAGACAGGAUGAGAGCGAACAGUCCAGGAAGAAACUGAUCGACCUGAGCCGCGAGUUCAAGAAAACCACUCCAGAGGAUUUGCGGAAACAGGUCGCCCCUCUGCUUAAGAGCUUCCAAGGAGAGAUCGAUGCCCUGAGUAAGAGAAGUAAAGAAGCCGAGGCCGCCUUCUUGAACGUGUACAAGAAAUUAAUAGAUGUCCCAGACCCUGUACCUGUGUUAGAGCUGGCUCAGCAGCUGCAGCUGAAGCUCCAGAGGAUGCACGACAUUGAGACAGAGAACACCAAACUCCGAGAGACACUGGAGGACUACAACAAAGAGUUCGCCGAGGUUAAAAACCAAGAGGUGACCAUAAAGGGCCUCAAGGAGAAGAUCCGGGAGUACGAGCAGUCUUUGAAGAAUCAGGCAGAGAACCUGGCUCAAGAGAAGCAACUCCAAUUACACAACGACUAUGCAGAGAAGGAGAGAAAACUCCAGGAGAGCCAGGACUCCAUGUCCUCAAGGUUGGAAGAGGCUGAACACAAGGUCCAGUCCCUCCAGACAGCACUUGAAACAACUCAGGCCGAGCUCUUUGAUUUGAAGACGAAGUAUGACGAGGAAACGACAGCAAAGGCCGACGAGAUUGAGAUGGUGAUGACAGACCUUGAGAGAGCCAAUCAGCGAGUGGAGGCCUCUCAGAGGGAGGCGGAGGCACUCAGAGAGCAGCUGUCUUUAAAACACCAAUCCCAGCCACUCAGCAGCCCGGCCAGGGCCGACCCCGACACGGAACAGGCCGCAGAGGUGGCGUCGCACUCGAGUCUGGAGGUGGAGCUCAGGGCCAAAGAAAGGGAGACUGCCCAGCUGGUGGAGGAUGUCCAGAGACUGCAGGCCAGCCUGACCAAACUCCGAGAGACCACCAGCUCCCAGAUCACCGAGCUGGAGCAGCAGCUUAGCAGCAAGUCUGCAGUUCUCAAGGAACUGGAGGAGAAACUGGAGAAGCAGGCCGAUUAUGAGGAAGUGAAGAAGGAGUUAAGUAUCCUUAAGGCCAUGGAGUUUGGAACAUCAGAGUCUGUUCAGGAUUCUUCCAAACCUCUGGAGGUGCUGUUGCUGGAAAGGAACCGCACUCUUCAAUCAGAAAGUGCUGCUCUACGCAUUGCCAACACUGAGCUGAGCGGGUCAGCCGGGCGAAAAGGGACAGAAGAGUCCGCAACCAAGGAGGAGACGGCGAACAGCGACCCCUCUUCCUCGCCCCCUCCUCCCCCUCCCUCUCUCCCCUCCUCCUCUCAGCUUCCCCUGUCUCGUACUCAUACAGACCCCCUCAACACUGCCACCACCAGCAGCAGCGAAACGCACCCUUUCACUCCUACGGGCAUUGGACAGGACCUGUACUCCCCCGUGUUCCCUUUGGUGGGGGGCAAGAUGGCUUUGAACUCGCUGAUUCAGCGGCAGCUGCUCCAGACCUUCUACUCAAAAGCCUUGCAGGACUCGUCCGGACUCCACAGCGGGGCUCUGCUCUUCACGCCCUUCACUCCCACCCUCAGCUCCAUCCCUACCUCCACCCCCGGGUCGGGGGCCGCCGCCAUCCCCCUGGCGGCCAGCAGCCCCCAGCCGCCCCCGGCCAGCCCGGACAUGGCCCCCGUGAACGGGAGCAGCACGGCGGGCAGCGCCCCGUCCCCGUCGCCCAGCCACUCGGACGCCACCAGCGGCAGCGUGCUGGACGGCGAGGACAUGGACACGGCCGAGAUCGCCCGGCAGGUGAAAGAGCAGCUGAUCAAGCACAACAUCGGCCAGCGCGUCUUCGGCCACUACGUGCUGGGACUGUCGCAGGGCUCGGUCAGCGAGAUCCUGGCCCGACCAAAGCCGUGGAACAAGCUCACCAUCCGGGGGAAGGAGCCCUUCCACAAGAUGAGGCAGUUCCUGGCGGACGAGCAGAACAUCCUGGCGCUGCGCAGCAUCCAGGGCCGGCAGAGAGGUAACAUCACUGCUCGUGUCCGCACCCCCGAGGCCGGCUCAGAUGAAGCUAUCAAAUCCAUUCUGGAACAAGCCAAAAGAGAGCUGCAGGUGCAGAAAGCUGUAGACUUGUCCCAUGCUCAGCCGUCAUAUGUGGGACUGAAAGGAGGGGGUGGGGGUGGAGUAGGAAGCGGAGGAGGCAGCGGAUCUGACGAAGCCAUCCGCUCGAUCUUAGAGCAAGCACGCAGAGAGAUGGAGGCUCAACAGGCUGCCCUGGAACCCAUACUCAAAGCUUCGUCCUCAUCUUCCUCCUCCGCCUCACUAUCUCAGAGGGACAUGCUGAGCUCCCCUCUCACCGCUCCCCUUCCCCCUUACAACCCCUUGGCACUUUCCCUCAAGAAGCCUCCCAGCUCCCUCUUGUCUUCGCCCUCGUCUCCAUCUCCAGUCCUCGACUUCAGCUCCAGCGUGAAGAGAGAGGGCCGAGCUUCUUCAGGGAUCGACAUGUCUGCUGACGGAGCGCUCCGGCUGGGCCGUGCUUCGGAGGGCUCCACCCGCUCCGUAAGUGCCGGAGGAGUGGGCUACUGGAGGGAGCAGUGGUGGAGCAAUAUGCACUCAGACCCCCGACGGACCAUGUCCAACCAGGCCGGAGAGGAGAACCACAAUCAGGAGGAUUCCAAAGAGGGAAUACUGAGUGACAGCCUGUCGCGACACAAACCGUGGAACAAGCUGAACCAGAGGAGCAGAGAGCCAUAUCUUCGCAUGCAACCGUGGCUCAACGGAGACCAGGGGCAAAACGCACACGUCCAGCAAGCUCAAAACCAAGAGGGUACUCCCAAGACAUCCGCGAGCUGCAGCCCCGCUCCCGAGUCCCCCCUCAGUUCAGCAGAAGAGUCAGUCAAUGGUCUUAGUGGGGAUCCACUCACUUCCCAGUCCUCCAGUCUCAAACCUCCAUCUGAAGAUCCGUCAGGUGGGGAGUCUCAACCCGGUACUCCACUUCCUCUGCCCGGCCACUCGGGCCUCAGCAUCCAGGAGAUGGUUGCAAUGUCUCCCGAGCUUGAUACUUACGCCAUCACCAAGAAGGUUAAGGAGGUGCUAACUGAUAAUAACCUUGGCCAGCGUCUUUUUGGGGAGACUAUCCUGGGUCUGACUCAGGGAUCUGUCUCAGACCUGCUCGCCAGGCCCAAACCCUGGCACAAACUGAGUCUGAAAGGCAGGGAGCCCUUUGUCCGCAUGCAGCUCUGGCUCCAGGACCCACACAGUGUGGAGAAACUCAUGGACAUGAAACGCCUAGAGAAGAAAGCUUACAUGAAGAGGCGGCUGAGCUCCCUGAGCGAUGGCCACUCUGUGGACGGGGCCCUGGCAGGGCCAGAUUACAUGCAGGGCUCCCAGAGCCCUGGCCAGCAGCAGCUGAAGAAGCCCCGGGUGGUGUUGGGUCCUGAGGAGAAAGAGGCAUUAAAAAAGGCUUAUCAACAGAAGCCCUACCCCUCCCCUAAAACCAUCGAGGAGCUGGCCUCCCAGCUCAACCUAAAGACCAGUACGGUUAUCAACUGGUUCCAUAAUUACCGGUCACGCAUUCGCAGGGAGCUCUUCAUAGAGGAGAUCCAGGCAGCUGGAGGGGUCGGGCCCGGCAGCGAAGGGGGAUCCCCCUCUCUCCGCGGGUCCAAAUCGGGAGAAGGGGACAGCUGUGACGGGACAGAAUCUGAGGGCACAGUGGAAGCGCGUCAGGGAUUUGGUAUCGGUCUGGAGGACCACAGAGGAGCGUGCAAAGAUCACGACAUGGAGGCCGAGUCUGAGGCGGGGGGCUCCAAUAAUUCCCCAGUCCAGUUAGACUGCACCACCUCAGGCUUAGCCGGGCCAGGCUCAAGAUGCGGACAGAGUGGACUGGGGCUCUUCAGCCUCACAGAUGCAUCCUCCAGUAGCUCUGCUUCUAGUACAAACAUCCCCGCCUCUGGCCCCGCCAGAAACCCCAGGGACAACAAUCUGCGGAAGAAGAAGGCAGCCAAUCUCAAUAACAUCAUCCACAGGCUGGAGAAGGCUGCCAGCAAAGAGGAUCCCUCAGAGUGGGAGUUCUAGCCUCCCCCUGACCAUCCCGCAUCCCUAUCGUCUCAUAACCUCACGACCUCUAACCUUGGACCCUCCUACUCCGUUCCAGUUGGAGAGUGGACACAGCCAAAGUCAAGCUCAGCAGCCAUUUUUAUUACACAGACGCUUUCCAAAAAGAGGAAAGAAACAAAGAGUGGUUGGUAAAACCCUUAAAAGAAGAUUUACUGAGUACAUAGAAGAACAAAAAUAAGAGAACUUAAGUGUCUCUCCUUUUUUUUUUUUUUUUUUUAAACUAAGUUUUUGUUUUUGUACUGAGAAAAGCACUUAGCCGUCCUGCUGGCCUCUGGCCCUGCUGUACCUCCCCCCAUAUCACCAGCCACUGGUGCACCAGACUGGUUAGUCCUGAGCUGGGGUGUGACCCACAGCUGGGGUUCGAACCUGGACUCAGUCACACAGGCAAGGCCUGACACAGCAGCUGUCACAGUGAUAGACACUGAUAGAUGAUAGAUAGAGACAGGAACUCUCUUACAAGAACUCUCACUUUCUUAAAGGAGAUUUUUUUCCGCUCUUCUUCUCACCUCCCAAGUGUCCACAAACCUCCCCUCACUCAGUGAGACGCCUCAUUUUUCACACUGUAGAGUGACUGUUACAAACCCUUUGCCUUUUUCACUCACUGCGUGUGUUUGUACGUUAGGGGUUGUGUCAGUGUGCACCUAUGUGUACGUGUGUGUUUUUGUUGUGCGUGUGUGUAUGUGUGCGUGUAUACAUGCCAAAAAUGGUUUGUAUGUUUAUUCUCUUCUCAGUGGCAGCAUGUUUUCUUUAUUUUCUUUUUUUUAAAGUCACUCCUACACUCUUAAGAGGGUAGUGGAAAGCCUGCCGGCUGAGCUGCCAUGGUUACUGAUUUAAGACAGAUGAACUUUGACCUGUCGUGUCCCAUAUCCUGUCCUGCUGACAGCCAUGUGAUGGCCAGAAGGAUCUAUAAUUCCUCACAAAUACAAGCACUCAUCUGAAGGGGAAGGAAGGAAGGAUCCCUCUUGUUGCCUCCUUAGACCUUUCUUUUUAGGAUGAAGGAUGAUCUCUGUUUUUGAUACUGCAAUUUGGUUGCCAAUAAGAGAUUGCACAGUCUAUUGACUCUAAAGAGUACAAAAUAGGGAAUCUUAGGAUGCAUUUUUAAUUAGUACAAAAUAAGAACAGAAAAUAAGAGAAUUACACGUUACUGUUUUUAAGAAAAAGAAAAAAAGCAAAUUAGAAAUGGAACAAUGUUGCAUUGUUGAAAACACGAUACAAUGAAUUCACGUAGUACUGUAGCUGUCUGACAUGGUGAUGCUAUACGUGUCUCUUGUUGUUUUGGGUUGUGCCCGUCACAGCCGCUGCCCAGCACUGGACCUGCUGGGGACGAAACUUUUCUUCUGUUCACAGACAUCUUUUUUAUAGGCCAAAUCAGGAAGAGUGUGUAUGUGUGUGAAUGUUUAACGUGUGCGUCUUCUCGUGUGCAUUUGUACUUUGCCUGCAUGUAAGUCAGGGUUGAGGUCAAUUCACUCAGUUGAUUUUAAAAAGUAGAUUAUGAAAAAUGAAAUUCUUGCAAGAGAGAGAAAAAUAAAAGGGUUUGGGGAGGGGGGUUUUAAGAAAACGAAUAACAGAACUUUAUCAGUAUGUCCUUUCUUUUUUGCCGGUUGCCGUCAAAGUGAGUUCACCCCAACCCUGGUCUAAAGUAGUUGCCACUCUCCUCCAGUCUAUCCUGUAUCCAGGGAUGUUAAGUCUUUUUUGCAUUGAAUUCUACUGUAUACACUACAAAAUAUAAGGCAUAUCACCUCCUCCCUGUCCCACACAAGCCCUCAGUGCCUGUCAGCCCACUGCCUCCCCUUUGUGUGUGCGCGAGUCUGAGUGGGAGCAUGUACAUGCAUGCCCGUCAAUACAUGCGUGUGCACGUGUGCGUGAGACUGAGUGUUCAGUGUUUUCCAAUGAGUGGGGUCAUUAUUUCGUAUCUACUUGCACACACUAUUAGUGCACAACUGACACCCUUCUUUAAGCUGUUUGAUGCGUUACCAUUACAUUAAUCUUCUCACAAAGUAGUGUAAUACUAUGAUUUACUGUAGCUUGGUUUUAUUGCUAUUUUGCAUUUAUAGUUUGGUUUUUAUUCUGCUUAUUUAUAGGUGCUGUAUUUUUCAUUUAAUGUCUUAUCAUAUGAGUUGUCUAUUUUUUAAGGGAUUAUACUGUUCCUGAGGGCAAGUAACAUUUUUAUUAGACGUAUAGACUGCCGGCAGUAUUGGUUAAUAUUUACAAAGAUGUACUAGUUCUCAUUUGUUUGUAUAUUCAUGAAUCCUAAAUUUUAGUGUCAUUUCAAUAGCUUUGAAAAUGUGUUUGCUACAGUUCAUGCUCCCGUAAGCAUAAAGCUCUUACCACAACAGUUAUGCUCUUAAAAUUGCUAGCUAGAAAAUCAAAGGACAUAUCAAGAUCAGUGAAUAUAUGAUAGUCUAUCUCUUCUUGUUUUCUGUACUCGGAUCAUGUUCUUGUUUGUUAUUUUUCUUUUCCUUUUUUCGGGGUUUGUUUUGUUUGGUCUUUCCUUGGGCAAGCCCAACACUAACGCUCUGCGGGGCGUGCAGCUUUCCUUAGCCAGACUUUGCCCGCUCAUUCAAUCACAUUAACGUUAUAAACCGGUCCAAAUUUGUGCUCUUCGUCAAAUAGGUCAAAUGAAAUUACCUAAACUUGAGAAACACAAGUUAACUUGUGAAAGAGGUCAUAUCUGCCAAAUUGAGAUUAGAGAAGUGUACCAGCGAGCAGGUGUGCUGCGCCAGAUGGAGCAGAGAUAGCCAGCCUAUGAUUAUGCAGAAUUUCUAUUGCAGUUCUUAACAAAGCACUUAGGAGGAUCUUUGUAUGACUUCUCUCUUGGACAGGGUCUGUAAAACACUACAACAGAAAACCAAUCCCAGGGUCCCGGGAAGCAUUUGCCUUUUUUUUUUUUUUUUGUAAAAGAAAAAAGAAAAAAAAGUGGUUGUAAACCAAGCACAGACUCUUACCCACAUUUUUAACACUAAAAAAAAAGAGAAAAAAACGAAAGAAAAUAAGGUGGCUGUACCCAUGUCUUUUGCAUGAUAAACUGCAACCCCACCCAGCAGACUCACUUCAAACUCCACAGAGGACUGUGAGACACCAAGGGCCGUGGUCCUGUACAGAUGUAGAUAUUACGAGUAAGCACCUGUGUUGGUUUCUAUUCAGUCUCCUCAGUCCACCCCGCAGCCUUCUCCCUCUUCCCAAAUGUGCGUCCAGAAAAAUUGUAAAUGGUCCCAUCCCCCGUUCAACGUUAACAGCCAUAGAUUGGAUUUUCCAGUUUAUCUGAUAAGUAUUCGUUUCCUCUAAGAUUGGCUCUUCAGGCGGACGGCCGAUGUGAGACAUCGGCCUUCUGACGGCCUUUUGCCGGCCUUCUGCCGGACUGUUCAGACUGGACAACCACGGCGUGCUCUACGGUGACGGACAGCUUCUGUAAAGCGCGAGCACUUAGACCCAUCUGCCAUCUUCUAGCCAGAUCCAUCAGCCCACGCGAGAUCAUGAGAUUUGUGCCUUUAACUGCCAAGCAGGGCACCAAACUAGUGAUGUCAAUGGAGGUAGAGAGUUUCAUCCGACUCAUUCGCAGCAUAUAUUUAAAUAUAUAGUUCCCCGGAUCCGAUUGGUUUCCCCAUAGACUUCGUAUUGGUACUCGGCUCUCUGGAGAAGAAUCUGUGCAGGGAAACGGUGACAGGAGGAGAGAAAUUGUUGUGUUCUUAUGACUGAGCUGCAGUCGUGUUUCCGUCAUGGUCUUAUUUCAGGCAGCCCCCCCCCCCCCCCCCCCCCCACUCCCCAUGCAUUUCUUUUGUUGUACAUAAACUAACUAGCAGCGAAAGGCCAGAGCAUUGAAUGAAGGAGGAAGCAUGCAAAAACAGCAUACACUGUAAUAACACUGAAUUUAUUCAUGGGGCAUUUUGUAUUUUAUUUUUUUUUCUGUCUGUGUCAGGUUUGCUGUGACAUUAAUAAGGCACUACAGGUAUUGAUAAUGACGUGUGCCAAUUCUAAUGGUUAUUUGGAAAAGAGAUGUGUAAAUACAGUUGAUCGAGUAGCUGAUUGAUUCACUAUUGUCACAGUGUGCUUUUGUUUGAAGGCAGGAGGAGAGAAGGGACGAUUCAGGACUUUUCCAUGAUCCACAGAUAUUUUUCUACAAAUUUAAAUCAGAUGAUUCUAUACACUGUUGAAUAACAUUGUAAAGGUGUAACAGAUGCUGUAUAUCAUAUCAUGUUUUCUGAAGUCGUAAAGCUUUACUGUAUGAUCUGUUGAAGUAGUGGUUAUUCAUUUGACACAUUAGUUGUAAUGGAAGCCCGAACAGCAGCACUGGUCACCAUAUUCAGGAGAAGAAAAAAAAACGAGAAAAAAAAAAAGCGAAAAAAAGAAAAAAACCUCAGAUGUUUUUGUAAUACUUUUAGAAUAUAUCUUAUGAAGUGGGUUUUGUAAGGAAACACUUUCUGAAUCAGUGGUGCUGUAUGCAUAGCACACUCAGUAAUACAUGUACACAUAAUACAGCACAAAACACUCAUCCUUUCAACCCCCCCGUUACCCGCGUGCGUUUUAUUUCCCCUCGCUCACGUUGGCCCCUGCUAAUUUUAAGUCUUAACCCGUUUCCUCGUCACGUUUUUGGGCACCUCGUGCUUAACUGAGCGGUUUUAAGAGUCAGCGAUCAGCUCCGGAACGAUAAGCAUUUCAGUCGAAUAUCACAAGACUUAAAAGAAGAAGCAAAAAGCCAAAUAGGGAUUUAGGUGUCCACUUCUGUUGAGAGGUUGCUGAUCUAUUUUUAAUUAUUUUUUUGUGUGUUGCUACCUGGUGUCGUUGCUUCAGUUCACACAUAGCUUGAACCACAGUGUAGUCUGACAACCAAAUGACCUGGGGGGAGACCUUUGCCCCCCCUCUUUUGGAAAGCUUUAAGAUGCUCGUUGAGGCUUUAGCAAAGUUCGGAGUGUUUUUAGAUGAUUUUCUCCAACCUGUCAUCAACAACGUGGAAGUAAUAAUUCUCAUAACUUCUCCCACUGCUUAUUUUGUGAGCGUGUGUGUGUGUGUGUG